UUAAGUUUGCAGACAAGCAGCUCACAGCUCAACUUUGUGACCAGACUUAACCAAUCUUUUCUCCGGAUCUGCACCACCACGACACCCCUGGAAAGCUACGAUGUGAUCUGGACUUACCUGAACGGGACACUUGCUCACUUUCUUUUUUUUGAAGAUUAGUUUGGAUAAAGAUAAAUUCCCCUAAAUACUCAUGAUGGGGACGAGUAGCAUUUUUCUAUUGGCGUGUUUUGCCGGCAUUGGUUUUGGAAACACGCAAAAAUGCGACGAAGUGCGCAAAGUUUUCCAACUUCGGCAAAUUGGACCAAACCAGUUGCUGCCUUUAAGUCCCAGACCAGGCUCCGAUCUUCAGGUGUGUAAGUCCAAAGGCCCGACCUGCUGCACCAAGAAGAUGGAGGAGAGGUACCAGAUGGCGGCAAGAAGGGACAUCCAGAACCUCCUUCAGACCUCCAGCUCCAGCCUCAAGUUUCUCAUCGCCCGCAACGUGGCGGCGUUUCAAGACACAUUUGAGGUCCUGCUGAGGCAGGCGGAGAACCGCACCGUGGCCUCGCUCCGGGAGUCGUACGGCAACAUGGCCGUUCAAGUCCAGGAUCCCGUGCGGGAGCUCUUCACCGAUAUCGGCCUCUUCCUGCUGGGCUCCGAGCUCAACGUGGAGGAGGCGGUUCAAAGGUUUUUCCAGGCUCUCUUCCCGCCGGUGUACAGUCGCCUCGUCAGCCCCGGCCCGGGCGACCUGGCGGAAGGCUACGCCGAGUGCGUGGGCUCGUCGGCCCGCGAGGUGAGGCCGUUUGGCGCGGCGCCGGGCUUGCUGGCGGAUCAGAUCGCUCGCUCCGGGGUCUCUGGCAAGGUUCUUCUUCAAGCUCUGCACCUGGGCAUCGAGGUGAUAAACACCACGGACUACUUGAUGCUGAGUCGCGAGUGCAGGCGGGCCUUGCUGAAGAUGCAGUACUGCCCACACUGCCAGGGGGUGACCCAGUCCAAGCCCUGCAUGGGCUACUGUCUCAACGUGAUGCGGGGCUGCCUGGCAAGCAUGGCCGACAUCGACGUCCACUGGAGGGACUUCGUCCGCUCGCUGGAGGGCUUGUCAGCUCGGAUGCACGGGCCGCAGGACUUGGAGCAAGUGCUCCUGGGAGUUCCCACGCUGCUCCACGACGCCGUCGGACACGCUCGGAGGAACGGACCCCGCGUCUCGGCGCAGGUGCACCAAAUGUGCGGCCUCCCCAGCAGGAAGGAUGUGAAGACAGUCAGCAUCCAACACAGCAGGAGAGAAACCAUCCGCCUUAAAACUGCCACCACGUCAGGAGACUCACUUGCUGUCAGGAGAAGCGACUUCCUAAACAGUCUCCGCCUCUAUCGGACCUACUAUGGUGGCCUGGCGGAUCAGCUGUGCGUGAGCGAGCUGGCCUCCGAUGACGGGCUGUCCUGCUGGAACGGAACAAACAUCGUGAAGAGCUACACUCUGCGCGUGGUGGGCAACGGCGUGAAGGCGCAGGCCGCCAACCCCGAGGUGAAAGUGAGAGGAGACGACGCCGUGAUCCACCAGAUCAUAGACAAACUCAAGCACAUCAACCAGCUGCUGCAAGGAAAGUCCAUUCCUAAACUGGGGACCUUGGACCAGAUUGAAACCGGAAGCGGGGACGUGGAAGGACGAUACAGCGGCGACUGCGACGACGAAGACGGCUGUGACGGGUCGGGUGGUGGCGGUGUCAAGAAGAACAUCCAGAGAGUAUCCAAACUGAAUCCAGACGUGUCCAGUGACCACAACCACCAUCACUAUCCAUCCGCAAAGGAGGUGACGGUCCAAUCCGGCGGCGUGGGGCUGACCGGAUCCGCCGUCGUCGUCAUGGUAACGACGUGGCUCCACGCGCUCUUCCUGGCGCCGUAACGGCUCGACUCGGACCUGGAGACUUCAUUCCGACGUAUUUAUCAUGAAAAGGACAAACUUUCAGGGCGCACCACUCAAAAGACACGAAGAGAACAAAGGAGGUGUGCCAGAAAAAGUCCCGCAAAUUAUAUAUUUUUCAACUCCAAACUACGGGUUUUUGGUGAGAUGGGGACCUUGGUCCGGCUGCAGGGUUUUUGGCGGACAUGCUGGUUGAUCGUCUGGGAAGAACCCACUUCGCUCAAGUCAUGGAACUUUUUAUGACUAUUUUUAUUUUGUAUCAACAACUUGGCUUCUGAACCCUGAUUUAAGUCAACAGUGACUAAAAUGUAUUUUAUAAACGCACUCAUUUUGUACUUUUGCUCAGAAGAUGUCUGCACAAAAUAGUCUACUGUAACUUUUAGAGGGGCCAAAGUUAUAGGAUUUGUUUUUUGUUUUUUUUAAUGCCUGACAUUGCUUUUUAAAAUAACGUAAAUUAAUAUAUGGUUGGAAAACAAUUUACACAAGAAAUUGCUAUAAAGGGGUCAUAUUAUAAUUUUCAAUUGCAUGUAAAAUAGGUGUCAUUUUCAACACUCAAAUAUUACACUGAAUUAGUCAUUGUACUCUUAAUUUUAAUAGUAUUCAAUUUUUUUUUUAUGAUAAUAAAUGAAUAACUUUUUCUAGAAAUA